AUAAUGGAUAAAGGAAAUCAUUCGGUGAUAACAGCAUUCAUUUUUCGGGGAUUCACAGAUGAUCCAAACAUGCAGCUCCCUCUUUUUAUGGUCUUCCUACUGAUUUAUGUCAUCACUGUAAUUUGGAACGCUGGGAUGAUUAUCUUAAUUUGUGUUGAACCUCAGCUUCAUAACCCCAUGUAUUUUUUCCUGGGCAACCUCUCAUUUGUUGACCUCUGCUAUUCCUCAGUCAUUGCUCCCAAAAUGCUGGCUGACCUCUUAGCUGAGAUUAAAAGUAUUGCUUAUAAUUCUUGUGCUAUACAGCUAUAUUUAUUUGGCUUAUUUGCUGAUGUAGAAUGCGUUUUGCUGGCUUUGAUGGCCUAUGACAGGUACGUGGCCAUCUGCAAGCCCCUUCACUAUUCGGUUCUUAUGUCCAGGAGAGUGUGCAAACAGCUGAUGGCUGUAGCUUACUUUGUGGGCAUUGUGGAUUCAAUGAUACACACUUGCUGUACAUUCCGGCUACCAUUCUGCAGGUCUAAUGCCAUCAAUCAUUUCUUUUGUGAUGCACCUCCCCUCCUGGCACUCUCCUGUUCUGACACAUACAUCAAUGAGGUUCUGAUAUUUACCUUCCUUAGUUUCAUUAUAGGAGGCAGCAUUGGCAUGAUUCUUGUUUCCUACAUCUACAUCUUGAGCACAAUCGUGAGAAUGCGCUCUGCUGAAGGCAGACGCAAAGCCUUUUCUACCUGCGCUUCCCACCUUACGGCCGUUGGGCUAUUCCACGGGACAAUGCUCUUUAUGUAUUUUCGUCCCAGCUCCAGCUAUUCCUUGGACCAAGACAAAUGGGCUUCGGUGUUCUAUACAGUAGUGAUUCCCGUGCUCAAUCCUCUGAUCUACAGUCUAAGGAACAAGGAUGUGAAGGAUGUCCUGACAAAAGCACUUAACCUGUUUUUGAAAAGAAGUGGUCUUGCUUCAGUAUAG